AUGAAGAGAGGACCGGAUGACCUAGCAGACCGAUACCCGAUACCAGUCGAGAUUGUGCACCACCCGGCUGAUUGUCCCAAGCUUCCGUUUCCCCAGAAAGAACUCCCACCGCUGCUAAAGAAGCGACUUUUGGCGAGGGGCAUCAAAGUCGGCAAUGAGGAUGCGAAUGAUAGCGCUAAGGAAUCUUCGCUUCCACCCGGAUGGAAGGAGACUAUAGACGCGAAGUACGGGAAGCCUUAUUACUACAACACAGCUUUAGGCAUUUCCUCAUGGACCCGCCCCACGGAACAGGCCGCAGAACAGAGCGGAAAGGGAGAGGAAGAUCCACUUCCUCCUGGGUGGAAAUCAGCUUUAGAUCCACAGACAGGCCAAACGUAUUAUUGCAACCCUUUCACAUCAGCCACGUCAUGGGAGAGACCGGUUGAUGCCGCGACAGUCGCUAAGAUGAAACGGUGUCGCGGCUGCGGCGGUUUUGGCCGCGGUUUGGUUCACGCGCACGGCUUCUGCCUACACUGCAGCAGGAUUUUGAACAAACCGCCUCCUGGACAGCAGGCGCUCGAAGUAAAGCCACCUCCGAAGCAAAAACCGAGCGUGGUAGUCGUGGCAAAGGGACCAGGAAUCUAUGCCGACAGUCCUGGAAUCGGGCCGUCAAGCAUAUCGACUCGCCCGAUCCCAAAGGUUGCGAAUCCAAUUCCAAGCAGCAGAGUUCAGGUUGCUCAAAGAGCAGCACGAAAAGCAGCAUCUGGAGGCAUAGAUCCAAUGGACCCGGCAAGUUAUUCGGAUGCACCAGUCGGCGGUUGGGGCAGCGGCAUCGAUACAAAUAAAAAGACGAAAACUGGUGGCGGCUCUCGACCCCUUCCCUCGCCUGGUGAUGUGUUGAGACAGAAUGCUGAGGCCAUCAAGUCGGCUCAACCAACAUCUCGGGAAGAUCAAAAAGAUGGUCUGGGAGAGGCAGAUUAA